AUGGCGUCCGUCGAGCAAAUUCUCCAGCAGGCCAACUGGAGAAAGACCGGCACAGGCAUUGCCUUGCUAGUCCUUGUUGCCUUCUCGUCUCCUCUAUUCGCAUUGACACUGGCUCCGGUGUAUGGCACCGCGCCAACCCAUAUUUUCCAUGGCUAUGGUGUUGGUAUUGCCGCGUUAGUGGGCUGGUUCUUCAAUGACCAAAUCGACCGCAUAACCAGCCGCCGCGCCGUUUACCUACUCCCGGCUAUGGCCUUUUGGGUUCCCACGAUCCAGUAUUUCUUGUCCCAACAGAGCCUGGCAUUGGGUAACCCAAUCGGCCCUCUUUUUACGGAAAUCCUUACCUUUUACCCCUUGGUCCUUCUGUCUGUCGCAUGCGCUUUCAAGCUGCUGCAGAGGGGUCUGCGCCUCGCCCAACAUGGUGACCUCGUGUCCGAGCAUGCGCCUCUUUUGGGCUCCUACGUCAUCUACUCCAUUGGAGAGGGUUUGGGCAAGUUCAUCAUGUCGCGAUGCCUGGGGUCGGCAUUUUUCUUUUCCCGCGUCGGCCUGCAGCUAUUCAUCGCAGCGCUGUACUCUGCUGCUAUCCCGUCGAAGUUGCUUGUCUUGGCGAUUCCGUCAAUCCUUUUCUCUUUCACCUCUAAUGUGCAUCUGCAAACGGGACGUGCAACCGCAGUUCUGAACUCCGCCCUGAAGGACGAAGGUUAUGCCCUUGUGGCCCGUAAGGACUCUUCCACAGGCUACAUCGCGGUUCUGGACAACCUCGAGGAUGGUUUCCGCGUGAUGAGAUGCGAUCACAGCCUUCUCGGUGGCCAAUGGAUCAAGGAGCAUCGCACGUAUAAGCCUACCCUCAAGGACCCCAUCUACGCUGUGUUCACCAUGCUCGAGGCCGUUCGUCUGGUGGAGACCGACCACGGUGAACCUCGAGUGGACGCAAACAGCAAAGCCCUUGUGAUUGGUCUUGGGGUUGGCACGACACCCUCUGCGCUCAUCACCCAUGGAAUCGAGACCACGAUCGUGGAAAUUGACCCCGUGGUACAUAAGUUCGCAAUGGAGUACUUCCAUCUCCCGUCCAACCACAUCGCUGCCAUCGAAGAUGCCACCUCUUUCGUGAAGCGGACUCAGGAAUCCCCCAACCCGGCUCAAUACGACUACAUUGUCCAUGAUGUCUUCACCGGUGGCGCCGAGCCCGUCGAGUUGUUCACCCUCGAGUUCCUCCAGGGCCUGCACUCGCUGCUGAAAGACGACGGAGUGAUUGCUAUUAACUACGCCGGUGACAUUUCUAUCUACCCUGCCGCCCUCACGGUCCGCACUAUCUUGGCGGUCUUCCCCUCGUGUCGGAUCUUCCGCGAGGACGUCGCCUCCGAGGAGAAUGUCGAGUUCACCAACAUGGUCGUCUUCUGCAAGAAGAGCUCGGCGACCCCUCUUCAGUUCCGCGACCCCGUUCCCGCCGAUUUCUUGGGAAGCAAGUUCCGCGAGUCGUACUUAAUGCCGAAGCAUGAAAUCGAUCCGGCACGGUUCCGCCCUAUCGAAAAGGGUGGACGAUCGGUGCUGGUGGCUAAAGAGACUGGCCGGUUGGAUAAAUACCAGGAUAGAGGAGCGCUGGAGCACUGGCAAAUCAUGAGGAAGGUGAUUCCUGACGCGGUUUGGGAAAAUUGGUAA